UCUUACUUCUUUGUCUUUGAAAGGAUUGUAAGCGCUUAAAACCUGUUUAUUCAACUUAGUCACGUUAGUCGGUUAUUCAAGGUAUGUUGUAGUGAAUAGUGAACAAACAACUAAUUUUAUACAGUAUUUUUGUGAAUCGUUAGUGUUUUAUCAAUUGUUCAAAUUAAAAAGCCGAUAUGAAGAUAACCUUCGUGAUAGCCUUAUUGGUGACGGUAUUUUACAAAGAAACCGUCCAACAAUGUUUCCCCCCGUACGCCGGUAAUCAACCCAAUAGAAAAGGGUAUUUCGAUCUUUAUUCGGGACAACAGGAAUUUUCUUUAGCUUUGUUACACGCAGUUAAUAAAGUUCUUCCUAAUGAAAAUUUAUUUUUCUCGCCGUAUUCUACGUAUCACGCUUUGCUAAUGGCCUACUUCUUAUCAGGCAGACAGACAGAGAAUUAUUUGAAGAAAGUACUUAGACUUAACGCGAAUCAGGAAAAAUCCGAUUUAUAUGCCGCAUACAAAAUAGACAAAUUUUCAACUCAAUUAUUCGCCAAAAAUGCUUCAUACGAAUUCACCAGCGCAAAUAAAAUAUACGUGGAAAACGACGUACCGGUGAAAACGUGCGUUUUAGAUGAUUUCAACGACGAGCUCGAAAUGAAAGAUUUCAAAACGAAUCCUGAACAAGCUCGAAUCAGCAUUAACCAAUGGGUGGAAAAUGUCACCCAUCAUAUGAUCAGGGAUCUCAUACCCCCCGGUACUAUAGAUUCAGCUACGAACUUAGUUUUGGUGAACGCUGCUUACUUCAAAGGUUUAUGGGAGAAUAAGUUCCCAGAAGAGUUCACCAGACCGGAAAUUUUCUAUGUCAGUCCAACGAAACAGAUAAUGGUGGAUAUGAUGCAUGUCGAAGGCACUUUUAAACAUGAUGUGUCUGAAUCCUUGGGGGCGCAUAUACUGGAAAUGCCUUACAAGGGCGAUAAUAUAAGUAUGUAUGUGCUUUUGCCGCCGUGGUCCGACACCCAAAACGCCAUUGAAAACACUUUGAAGAAUUUGACUUUGGAAAAUUUCAAGAACAUCGUCGAGAACGACAAUCUCAUUUCCAAGACUGUUCAAGUUUCCUUUCCCAAGUUUAGUUUAGAGACAACUUUAGAAAUGACCCCUAUCUUGAAUUCUUUGGGUGUGGGAAGUCUAUUCAAAUCGAACGCCGACUUUAGCGGCCUCUCUAGGAAAAAGUUGUCGCUAGGUGAAGGCAUACAUAAAGCAAGGAUCGAAAUAAACGAACGUGGUUCGCAAGCGGCGGCCGCCACCGCAUUUUUCUCCUUCAGAAUGUUGGGAGACGACGACGGAAUCGUUAAAUUCAGAUGCAACCGACCUUUCAUUUAUAUCAUUCAUAAUCAUCACACGCAUACCGUACUUUUCGUUGGCAUAUUUAGGGCGGCGCUCAAAUAAUAAAUGACCGUCGUACAAAAAAUUUCACCAACUUUAUACAAUCUUUAUAAAUUUAACUUUCAUACAGCUUCCAAUUGACCAUAAUCGUAACGUUAAGUUUUAGUCUAUUGUCGGUUAUUCGGUAAAUUUACCGAUAUCAAACAAAUAUUUAUCCGAAGCGAACAAAUAAUACUUAUUUCAGGAAAAUUCGCCAUUUUUAGUACGUUUAUAAUUAUUACAAUAAUCUAGUAGCUCUUCUCCACGACCCGAAAAAUAUUUCAACAGUCCGCAAGCUCUUCUCGGUGAUCCGCAAGCUCUUUUAUUAUAACGUUCCAUAAGAUCUUAUUGACGAUCGCCAAUUUCUUUCAAAUGUCCGCGACCUCAUUUAAACUCUUUGCAAGCUCUUUCCAACGGUCCGCGAGCUCUUCUCGACAGUCCGCAAGAUCAUUUCAAUAGUCUUCAGUCUUUUAAAGAACCCCGAGGCUCUUUAAACUGUUUGCAAGCUCUUUUCAACGGUCCGCGAGCUCUUCUCGAUAGUCGACAGUCUUUUAAAGAAACCCAAGACUCUUUAAACUGUUUGCAAGCUCUUUUCGGCGGUCCGCGAGCUCUUCUCGAUGGUCCGCGAGCUCUUCUCGAUGGUCCGCGAGCUCUUCUCGAUAGUUGACAGUCUUUUAAAGAACCCCAAGACUCUUAAAACUGUUUGCAAGCUCUUUUCGGCGGUCCGCAAGAUCAUUUCAAUAGUCUUCAGUUUUUUAAAGAACUCCGAGAUUCUUUAAACCGUUUGCAAGCUCUUUUAAACGGCCCGCGAGCUCUUCUCGAUGGUCCGCGAGCUCUUCUCGAUAGUCGACAGUCUUUUAAAGAACCCCAAGACUCUUAAAACUGUUUGCAAGCUCUUUUCGGCGGUCCGCGAGCUCUUCUCGGCGGUCCGCGAGCUCUUCUCGAUAGUCGACAGUCCUUUAAAGAACCGCCAACUCAUUUAAACUGUUUGCAAACUCUUUUCGGUGGUCCGCGAGCUCUCCUGCAGUAAAGGAAAAGCGAAAACAAUUAUUUUCUCGAAAUUUUCCAUUUGGUGUCCGUCAUUUUCAAUCGAACGUCUUAGAAUAUCAGAUUUCAUCCAACGCAAUCGUAAAAAUCUCAUUUUUAAGGUUAUGUCUCUCUAAUUUUCAUAUCAUUUAUACUUAUAUUCAUGGUUAGUGCCAUAAAUUUUGUUUAUAACCAGUUUUCGUAAUAAAUUUUUAUCAAAUA